AUGGAAGCUGUAAUUAAACAAUUUGGAAGAGCAUGUCCCUUUCUUAAAAGUAAUUCUGCCGCGUCCCUUCGUAAACUCUCUAAUUUGCCUGCUCACGCUACCGGUUUAGUUGAGGCUGGAGUUGGCAAUGUACGCGGGAGUAGUGCUUUAUUCUUUAUGGCUCAAAAGUGCCCUGUCAUGGGUAAAGCUUUAGCUAUUCGAAGUAAAAAUUAUUUACAUACCUCUGCUAGAUUAGCAAAACGACCUACUCUUCCCUUAAACCAAGCUUUAAUUCAAGAAAAUCAUUAUACUCCUGUUUAUAAAUCUGAAUUGGAAAAAAAGCAUCAGGAUAAGAGUUAUCGUUAUUUCAACAACAUUAAUCGUUUAGCACAAAAAUUUCCAAAAGCUCAUACUGCCAAUUUACAAGAAGAAGUAACUGUUUGGUGUAGUAAUGAUUAUUUAGGAAUGGGAAGAAAUCCUUUGGUUUUAAAAACCAUGCAUCGUACUUUAACUAAAUAUGGUUCUGGUGCUGGUGGUACUCGUAAUAUUGCGGGAAAUAGUGAUUUACAUUUUCAAUUGGAAGCGGAAUUAGCCGAUCUUCAUCAUAAAUCUGCAGCUCUCGUAUUUUCUUCUUGUUACGUGGCCAACGAUGCUACUUUAAGUACUUUGGCUUCUAAACUUCCUGAUUGUGUUAUCUUUUCCGAUGCCGCAAAUCAUGCAUCAAUGAUUCAAGGAAUUAAACAUUCCGGUGCCAAAAAAAUUAUUUUUAAGCAUAACGAUUUAAAAGAUCUUGAAGAGAAACUUCAAUCCGUGAAUAUAGGAAUUCCUAAAAUUAUUGCUUUCGAAAGUGUUUAUUCUAUGUCAGGUUCGGUAGGUCCCAUUGACGCAAUUUGUGAUCUCGCUAAAAAGUAUGGUGCUAUCACUUUUUUGGAUGAAGUACAUGCAGUCGGUAUGUACGGUCCACGUGGGGCCGGUUUAGCCGAACAUUUGGAUUUUGAUUUAAAUGCACGUUUUCCUUAUCAAAAUAAUGGAAGUGUUUUAGAUAAAGUUGACAUUAUCUCGGGUACUUUGGGUAAAGCUUUUGGUGUUGUAGGAGGUUAUAUCGCUGGUUCCUCUGCUUUAAUUGAUACUAUUAGAUCUUAUGCUCCCGGUUUCAUCUUUACCACUUCCCUUCCACCAGUUAUUGUCGCUGGUGUAAAAACAUCUAUUCAAUAUUUAAAGGAAUCAUCUUAUGAACGUCAAGCGCAACAACUUAACACCAGAUUACUCAAGGAACAUUUGGCCAAUCAUGAUAUUCCAGUAAUAUCAAAUCCAUCUCACAUUGUUCCAGUUCUUGUGGGUGACGCUGAAGCUUGUAAAAUUGCUUCCGAUCAAUUGUUACGUGAUCAUAAAAUCUAUGUUCAAUCUAUUAAUUAUCCAACAGUGGCUAAGGGAGAAGAAAGAUUAAGAAUUACUCCUACACCUGGACAUACCAAGGAAAUGACUCAAUAUCUUGUUGAUGCACUUGAAACUAUUUGGAGAAAGAAUAAUUUAAAGAGAGCUAGUGAUUGGAAGAAAGAAGGAGGAAGAGCUGGUGUGGGAACUUCCGAACCAACACCCAAACCAAUUUGGACCGAUUCUCAAUUGAGAUAUGUGGCUAGCAUCCCGGAUCAUAAUACAACCCUUCCUUCUGUCAAUUCAAAUGACAAUCAAAUUAAUAAUGAGAUUCUGUUAUACUGA